GAGCGGGGCCGGCGGCUGCCGUUGGCGGCGAUGGCGGCGGACGGGCGCAGCUGAGGGGGCGGAGGGCCGCGCCGGGUCUCGGCCCCGCCGGGCGCCAUGAGCCAGGGCGGCGGGACGGGCAGCGAGAGCGGAGAGCCUGAGGCCAAAGUGCUGCACACCAAACGGCUGUACCGAGCGGUGGUGGAGGCCGUGCAUCGCCUGGAUCUCAUCCUCGGCAAUAAGGCAGCGUACCAGGAGGUGUUCAAACCCGAGAACAUCAGCCUGAGGAACAAGCUGCGGGAGCUGUGUGUGAAGCUGAUGUUCUUGCAUCCCGUGGAUUAUGGCAGAAAAGCGGAAGAGCUGCUCUGGAGAAAGGUUUACUAUGAAGUUAUCCAACUCAUCAAGACGAAUAAGAAGCACAUCCACAGCCGCAGCGCUCUGGAGUGCGCCUACCGCACUCACCUGGUGGCCGGCAUUGGCUUCUACCAGCACCUGCUGCUCUACAUCCAGUCCCACUACCAGCUGGAGCUGCAGUGCUGCAUCGACUGGACGCACGUGACGGACCCGCUCAUGGGCUGCAAGAAACCCGUGUCUGCAUCGGAGAAGGAGAUGGAGUGGGCGCAGAUGGCGUGCCACCGAUGCCUGGUUUACCUUGGGGAUCUGGCGCGCUACCAGAACGAGCUGGCGGGUGUGGACACGGAGCUGCUGGCCGAGCGCUUCUACUACCAGGCGCUGUCUGUCGCGCCGCAGAUCGGCAUGCCCUUCAAUCAGCUGGGGACGCUGGCUGGGAGCAAAUACUACAACGUGGAGGCCACGUACUGCUACUUACGCUGCAUUCAGUCCGAAGUGUCCUUCGAAGGCGCCUCCGGGAACCUGAAGCGGCUGUACGACAAAGCGGCCAAAAUGUACCAGCAGCUGAAGAAGUGUGAGAGCAGGAAGCUGUCCCCCAGCAAGAAGCGCUGCAAAGACAUUAAGAGGCUGCUGGUGAGCUUCAUGUACCUGCAGAGCCUCCUGCAGCCCAAGAGCAGCUCUCUGGAUUCUGAGCUGACGUCGCUGUGCCAGUCGGUGCUGGAGGAUUUCAACCUGUGCUUGUUCUACCUGCCUUCCCCUCCCAACCUGAGCUCAGUGAGUGAGGAUGAGGAGGAGUACGAGAGCGGCUACUCCUUCCUUCCCGACCUGCUCAUCUUCCGCAUGGUGAUCAUCUGCUUCAUGAGCGUUCACAGCCUCAGGCGCGCAGGCUCCAAGCAGUACAGCGCAGCCAUCGCUUUCACGCUGGCCCUCUUCUCUCACCUCAUCAACCACGUCAACAUUCGGCUGCAGGCGGAGCUGGAGGAAGGGGAGAACCCCGUGCCGGCGUUCCGCAGCGAUGGCACAGAUGAGCCGGAGCCACGGGAGCCCCUCAGCUCCAUGGAGAAGGAAGGGGAGGCAGAGCUGCCCAAUCACCACCCCAGGGAGGAGGAACGGAAACACGACUGCAAGAAAAGCAAGAAAUACUCACGGCUUUCCUGCCUGCGCCGCCGCCGGCACCCGCAGAAGGCGGAUGAGAGCGACCUGAGCGAGGGCUUCGACUCUGACUCCAGCCAGGGCUCCACGAAGGGCAGCGACGGCUCCGAGAGCGGCUCGGAGAAGAGCGACGAGGAAGCGGAGGCCGCUUUCGAUGUGGAGACGGACUCUGACAUGAACAGCCAGGAGUCGCGGUCCGACUUGGAGGACAUGGAGGACGAGCCGGGCAAGGAGGGCGGCGAGCGAGGCCGGAGCGGGGCCGGGGAGGCCCUGAAAAACGGCGUGGACGGCGGCGGAUCCGGGGAGUGCAAGAAUAUGAGCAGCUCCAAAACGGAGAGCGCGGACCCAGCCGUGAACGGGCCCACGUCCCUGAGCGCCAGCGACGCCAGCAUCGCCAGCAACCUGCAGGCCAUGUCCACGCAGCUCUUCCAGACCAAGCGCUGCUUCCGCUUGGCCCCCACCUUCAGCAACAUCCUCCUGAAGCCCAGCGGUGAGCAGCCCGCCUCGAAGGCCGGCUUGGAGGGCAAGCCCUGCAUCAAUGGCGAUGUGGAGAAGCCCGGCUUGGCAGAGCAAGACAACGUGUCUGACUCUGAGGAGAGCGUGUUGAGCACCAAGUCGUGCAGGAACGAGCGGUCCCUGCAGGAGAAGCUGGAGAUCGUGAGCAACGAGGGGCUGCUGCUCACCGUCAAGGUGUUCCUGGACUGGCUGAGGACAAACACGGACUUCAUCAUCAUGUGUGCUCAGAGCUCCCAGAGCCUAUGGAACAGACUGUCUGUGCUCCUCAACCUGCUGCCUUCUGCUGCCGACCUGCAGGAUUCGGGGCUGGAGCUGUGCAAGGAGGUGAGGGAGGUGCUGAGCGGCGCGGAGCUGCCGGAGCUGCGUGCCAACCUGCUGCUCCCCGAGGACGUGGCCCUGCGAAAUCUGCCCCCCCUGAGGAACGCGCACAGGAGGCUGAACUUCGAGCAGGACCGCCCCAUCUUCUCGGCACUGGAGGAGUCCGUCGUUCGGAUCUGCUGCAUCCGGAGCUUCGGGCACUUCGUCACACGCCUGCAGGGCAGCAUCCUGCAGUUCAACCCGGAGCUGGGGAUCUUCAUCAGCAUAGCUCAGUCGGAGCGGGACAGCGUGGUGCAGCAGGCCCAGGCCCAGUUCCACAUGGCUGCAGAGGAGGCUCGUCGGAACCGGCUGAUGAGAGACAUGGCUCAGCUCCGCCUGCAGCUGGAGGUGUCCCAGCUGGAGGGCAGCCUGCAGCAGCCCAAGGCGCAGUCGGCCAUGUCUCCGUACCUCGUGCUGGACGCGCAGGCGCUCUGCCAGCACCUGGCCGUGGUCAAGCAGCUGGCUGGCAGCGGGCGCUUCAUCAUCAUCAUCCCGCGGGCAGUGAUCGACAGCUUGGACUUCCUCAAGAAGGAGAACGCCGGCGCCCGCGACAGCAUCCGCUACCUGGAGGCGGAGUUUAAAAAGGGAAACCGGUACAUUCGUUGCCAGAGAGAUGUUGGGAAGAGCUUUGAGAGGCACAAACUGAAGAGACAAGACUUGGAUGCGUGGAACCUCUAUAAGAUCCUGGACAGCUGCAAGCAGCUGACGUUGUCCCAGAGCAGCGGGGACGACGACACCACGGGAAUGGUCACCAUCAUCACGGGCUUCCAGCUGGAGGACCCCGGGGUGCUGUCGGCGCCCAUGCAGUCCGCCAUCCAAGCGGCCGCCGGCGCCAGCGUGGAGGUGAAGAACAUCCUGGAGUUCUACAAGCAGUGGAAAGAGAUGGGCUGAUGUUCAGCGGGGUGUCAGCGUUCAGCCCCGGAGAGCAGAGCGGAGCUGCCGGAGGGGGAUGGAGAGCAGCGCGGGAUCGGCCGCCGCUUCGGCUCCCAACAGAGGGAUGGAUGGGAGCAGCGGGCGCCCUGCAGAAGGAUCCACCGCCUCUUCUCUUUUUCCUUUUGGUUUUUUGGUUUCCUUUUUUUCCUUUUUUUUUUUUUUUUUCCUCUUUUCGUUGUGGCUGAAAUCCUCACCGUGAGGUUUGC